UCCUUCCUUUGCACCUUCUUUUCAAAACGAGACUUUGCCGAGAAAUACUGUGUCCAAGCUCAAAUCGCGUGUAAAUAUAAAACAACACCAUCAACAAUGGUCCGUAUCAGCGUGCUGGCUGAUGCACUGAAGUGCAUCAACAAUGCAGAAAAGCGUGGCAAGCGCCAGGUCCUGAUUCGCCCGAACUCAAAGGUGGUCAUCAAGUUCCUGACCGUGAUGAUGAAGCACGGCUACAUCGGCGAGUUCGAAAUCGUCGAUGAUCACCGCAGCGGAAAGGUCGUGGUCAAUCUAACCGGCCGCCUGAACAAGGCCGGCAUCAUCUCGCCCCGGUUCGACACGAAAGUGAACGAUCUGGAACGCUGGACCAACAAUCUGCUGCCCUCUCGUCAGUUUGGCUACGUCGUGCUCACUACCAGCGGUGGAAUCAUGGACCACGAAGAGGCUCGGCGGAAGCAUUUGGGAGGAAAGAUUCUCGGAUAUUUCUUCUAAGCGCACGUUCCUUUGCAAAAAAUCAUAAUGCAAUGUCGGUCAAAUCUUCCAGGAUCUCGAAGAAGGUUGCUUUUUAUCAACAAUCGCAAAUUUGGUAGCAGAGAAGAGCAGAGAACGUCAACAAUCUCAUGGAUCGGAUUCCGAGUGUCUUGAAGCGUGUGUGAAAAACGGCGAAUGUUAAUAAAGGGAAAUAUCUAAAAUGAA